AUGAAAGGUGAAACAGCUAUUUUGCAAUUUAAAAAACUUACGGCAAAAGGUUUUGCCCCGGUACGUAGUUCGGAAAAGGCAGCUGGAUUUGAUUUAAAAAGUGCAUACAAAGUAACUGUACCCGCGAAAGGUAGAGUUUUAUGUAUGACUGAUAUUCAAGUUCGCGUACCUCAUGGCUGUUAUGGACGCAUAGCUCCAAGAUCUGGUUUGGCAUUAAAAAAUGGAAUCGAUGUUGGAGCUGGAGUCGUUGAUGAAGAUUACAGAGGUAAUGUGGGGGUAGUUUUAUUCAAUCAUUCUGAUAUUGAUUUCGAAGUGAAUGAAGGUGAUAGAAUAGCACAAUUUAUAUGUGAAAAAAUUUGCUAUCCUGAACUACAAGAAGUUACAGAAAUAGAAGAAUCUAAAAGAGGCUCAGGAGGAUUUGGAUCGACUGGAAUCAAUUGA